AGCUUGAAGAUAAAGGGUCCCGUUUCGUGACGCUGCAUGUUAUUCGUUGCCCGUCAAUUUUCUCUACACCAAGUGACUGUAAGAUUACUCAAUCCAAUUAUCUUUCACUAUAUGCGCACUCGAAACUUCCGGAUUCUCAUACGGAAAAUCAACUGGCGUUUGCACAGGCGCUGGUGCCAGGAGAGCUCGGGAAGAUGGAUACCUCGCAGAUCCGAUGACCCUCUUAAUCACCAUGCCCCCCACAACUCCAUACACCUGCGUCAACUGGGUCAUGUGCCUUAUUGGACUUCUGCUUUACUUGGGAGAUAUCGGCACUGACAUCUGGGUGGCCGUGCAGUAUCUUAUGAGGGGCUACGUGCUUUGGUUCGCCUUGACGCUUACCUUUGUGCUGCUUUCCACGUUCAUCAUCCAAGUUUUCAGCUACUUCUGGUAUCUGGACGACAGUGGCAGUGGCAGUGACAGCGGCGCACCGGAAUCGUGUGCUUUAAUUGGGCUGCAUUUUUGUCAGCUGGGAAUUUUUACAAGGUACAAGAAACUACUUAAGAAUGGAUUUAGAGAAAUCAAAGAGAAGAAACCAUGUUCAACAGAAGAAAGUGUGAGUGAAAUUUGGGGGAUGACUGCAGACAUCAGCAUGUUGAAAUUGUUUGAAACUCACUUGGAGAGUGUUCCACAACUCAUCCUGCAGCUGUAUAUCUACUUGGAACACAAAGAAAAAAUGACCAUUCAGUAUUUGACACUGACAAUGUCAUUCUUCAGUAUUGCUUGGAGCACUGUGGACUAUCAGAGAUGCUUGCGGAGAUCCCUGCCAAACAAAAGGGAGAUAUCUCAUCUGUCCUCUGUCACUGUGUACCUCAUGUAUAAGAUGUUUACCAUCACCUCUCGAGUACUAAGCUUUGUGCUGCUGACUAUACUCAAUGCCCACUUCACAUUGGCACUUUUUGGAAUCACGUGGUUAUGUACUUUCAUUUGGGCUUGGAAACAGCAGACAGACUUUUGCACCUCACGUGGUUUAGAGGUGUUCUACCGAGUAAUAAUUGGUGCAAUCUUGGUGUUUACAUUUUUUAAUAUUAAAGGUCAAAACACACAAUCAUCAAUGAUUUGCUAUUAUGCUCUGUCAUUUUGUGAAACAUUAGGUAUCGUGAUCCUGUGUGUAUGUUUGUGUGCUCCUCUUACUGUGUUUUCAUUUUUUUUACCCAUUUGUAUUGUUAUGUUUAUAUUUUUUUUCCUUGGAAUUAUAUUUCUUUUCAUUUAUUACCUUGCUUUACAUCCCAAUAAACAAUCAUCGGCACAAUUUGAUGAGAUUGAUGGAGCACAACGAUCAUCAGCACAAUUUGAUGAGGUUGAUGGAGCACAUUCGAGAACUGCCUCUCGAAUAAAUAAUUUUCUGCAAUGAAAAUAAUGUAAAAAAUGUGUACAGUUAUGAAUAAUAAUUUUGUUGACCUCAUAUUUUAUAUAAUUAUCAAAGUAGUUUAUUGUAAAUUAUGUAUAUUUUUGAAUUCUAUAUAAAUUCUAUAAAUUGUUUUGAACUGAAAAUAUUUUUGCAUUUGCUAAUUUCUGUUACUAUCACUAAAAAUUCUUUAAAAAAUUCUUUGCAUUUAUAUAGCGCUUUUAUCACUACUCAAAGUGCUUCGCAAUUGCAGGUUAAGGGCCUUGCUCAAGGGCCCAACAGAGCAGCGUCCCUUUUGGCAUUUACGGGAUUUGAACCGGCAACAUUCCAAUUUGCCAGUGCAGAUCCCAAGCCUCAGAGCCACCACUCCGCCUAAAUAGUCUAAAGUCUAAAGCAGGGUUUCUUAAACUUUUUUUCACAACCCAAUCUUUGCCUCCUUAGUGUCUUCGAGAAACAAUUGGGGUCGGUGGGUUGACAGUCAUAGCUCCCCUCCCCCCCUUGCUGAAUCAGCACCCAACAGUCAACGGUGGAAUGUUGUCCCCCUUGGAGAAUUGCUUAAACAACCCAUGGUAACCUAUCAUGCAAUACAUAAGCAACCCAUUCCCAAUUAAAUACAACAGUGAGUUGUGACCCUACACAACCCGACAGCAGCAACACUUCAACCCAUAUGGGAAACUGUGGUCUAAAGUGUUGUAAAUAUACAGUAAAGUAAAAUCAGUGCUUGUAGUGGAGCCAAAUUAAUGGCGGUAUCUAUUUAUUGUUCAAAUAGUUAGGUGAAGGGGUGCCCUAGUGAAGAUUCCUGAAGAGGUGCUGGUACUCAUUGGCAGGCUAAAAAAGGUGCCAGUACGCUGUUGAAGUUGGAAAACGUGUUGGUACUGCAUAUGGGUGAGUUCCCGGCCCACUUCAAGCACUGAGCAUAGUAGGACAGUGUCAGGCCAGCUAACAAAAUCAAGUGCAAUGUGGGAUUUUAUUAGGUAUCAUUAAAAGGGAUUAACAAAAUUGACUAAUAAAUCAAAGUGCAUAUUUUUCACUUGCUCCACUACUCCGUUUUGCUCCUUUAGCAAUCCUCCUGCCCAUCCAUCUUUUUUUUGUAAACACACUUUUUCACAAUCAGAAUUUAAGAAAGAUAACUUAUAUCUUAGUGGAGUAUUAGAGUAUGAUAUCAUUUGCCAGCAUGCAUAUUUUUCUGUCUUUAUUUUGCUUCUUUUAUGGGUUUUUUUGUGCUGGUUUUGAGGGUUUUGUUAUAUGCAUAAUUAGUUUCUAUCCUUCUUAUUUUUAUUUAAAUAAUAGUAAAGUAUGUUGAUUUUGUUUUACAUGUUUUCCCUGGUAUUGCCAUUUUGAGACUCCAUUGCUUGAAUAUUAUAUUGGAAUGCUUGGCAGCUUAUUCCUGAAGUCACAUGUGAUGACAUUGUUAGUGUUGCUUUAAACACUGGAACCAGUAGUCCUUCUCUAUCCUUGUUUGUGUAUAAACUAAGAAUGCUUGAAUGUGUGUAACAGUAUUAUUUAGUCACCUGUCUAGUCCGAAGCCUACAGGUAGCAGUUAGGAGAACUGUCUGUUUUAGGGUGAGCCUCUUCUGUGCUGGUCAGUGAGGGUCUUGGCUUGCUUUAUGGGUGUUUUGGAGGCUUCAAACACCCUUUUCCAUUUUUGUUACACACUCACAACAAUAGGUGCAUGAGUCAAAACAAGAAAACCAAAAGGAAGAUAAAUAAAGAUCCUAAUCCCUAAAAUUGUUUUGGAAUAAA